CUCAACUAUCUCUCUCUGACCGCUCGAUCCUAUGGAGGGGGUAGGCAGUGCUCCUUCCAGUCAAUGUUCCAACGUGAGCGCAGGAGGCGCAACGUAGCGCGGCCGAAAGGCACUAGCGACAAUUCCCCAGUGUUUCCAUUUACAUUCCCGUCAAAGAUGGUAGAGACCACGCGAAGGUAUCGUUACGGGACAAACACGCCGAGUUCGUUCGCGGUGUCGUGAUCGAGUGUGCGACCGGAUAAUCUGCCGCGGUCCGAUGUGCCUUGGCCCCUCGGAAUUUUUCUCCCCGCGCGUUUAAACGCGACGUAAUCUCGAGUCGAUCCAUCCAUGUUCGUCCCUCGGUCGUAACAGUUUGAUGCGCGCGUCACGAGUCCCCGACCCUUCAGCGAGAGAUAAUCGCGCGAGACCAGUCAUGGCAGAAUCGGUGCACAAGGAUGGAUACGAAAACCCUGUCUUGACGAUGCGUGUCCGCAGUGGUAACGUAGGGUCGGACAGUGAUAUGAAGCUCGAGCCGUCCAGUCCUACGGAGAAGUACACCUUUUCCCGUUGUAGUAGCACAGGAUCAGUUAACACGCCGUCUUCUUCGGCCCAUAAUACAGAGGACGAAGAUAGCGACAACAAAAAUUCCACCAUGAGCAGCUACAAGGAGCGUAGGAGAGAGGCUCACACACAGGCCGAGCAGAAGAGGCGGGACGCUAUCAAGAGGGGCUACGAGUCCCUUCAGGAUUUAGUACCGGCCUGUCAGCACACGGACUCCUCGGGCUAUAAGAUUUCCAAGGCCUCGGUGCUUCAAAAAUCCAUCGAUUACAUACAGUUUCUGUUGCAACAGAAGAAGAAGCAGGAGGACGAGCGUAACGCGCUGAGAAAGGAAGUCGUCGCGUUGCGCAUUAUGCAGGCAAAUUACGAGCAGAUUGUCAAGGCGCAUCAGACUCAGCCGGGACACACGGAGAUGCGCGUCUCGGACGAGAUGAAGUUUCAAGUGUUCCAGGCGAUAAUGAAUCGGCUUUUCGAAACGUUUAACAUUUCCGUGGCCAACUUCACGGAACUGUCUGGUUGCGUGUUUAGUUGGUUGGAAGAACAUUGUAAACCUCAGACUCUACGCCAAGUAGUGCUCUCGGUACUACGAGACCUCACGGUCCCUAACAAUCAAAUCAGCUAGUCAAGUGCAUCUUUGACGAAGGUACUCGUCGCACAAUGUCCCUCAGAAGAGUUGGUUAGAUCCUUAUAUCUAUAAAGGAAAUUGACAUGACGUACGUAUAUAAUAUCUAGAUAUAAAAUCAAGUUUAUAAAACCAAGAGUAUGUAUCUCUUUGUUUUUGUUUUUUUUUUGUUUGGCUGACGGAUAUAACAGAUUUUCGACAGUCCGAAAGAAAUUCGGAUUAAAAUGAGAAAUAUUGAUGAUUUUCUCAUUGCAUUUUCAUUGGUGCAAUGUUUAAUGGGUUUAGUUAAUAUUUACAAUUUUGAGAAAAUCUAGGUAUUAUUUAUAUAUAUUUUUUUUAAGUUUUGCGUGAAUUAUCUUUAAACGUGGAUAUCCUGCGAUUUCUGGAUGAUUAGCAUAUGAUUGUUAUGGUUUCUGAAGAGACAAUUUCUGAGAUAGUGUCUUCUAUUAGUUGAAAUCUUUAAACGUUUAACGUAUGAUAAGUUACCAGAAGAGAUGUGCAUUACAUGCAGGUUACAAUGCAUGAAAGAUAUAUGAAUAGAAGUUUAUUUUAUAUACAUCGGAUACAUACGAUAUAAUAUCAACAACUGAUGUCGAAUAUUUUUACCAAAUCUUUGAUCGCAUACACUUUGCGAUAAACGAAUGGCAUAUAGUGUAUAUAUGUAUAUGUAUGUACAUCUGAUUAUGUAUAUAACAGAUUUAUAACAUAUAUUUACAAUGAAUAUGUACACGACCGAGCUUCUGUACG